AUGACACCAGUUAUACGUAAACCCAGCGCAAUUAUGCUCGAUCUCAUUGGCACUGCCACCAAAACUGGCUUCCUCGACAAGGUGCUGAUGGAGUUUGUAAAGAAGAACAUCAAGGUGUACCUGGACAAUGAGUGGAACACUCCGCAGCUGCAGGAGGACGUGGCCAAGUUGCGAGAAGCCUCAAAGAAAGACGCCGGUCCGCCGAUUGAAGAGACGGGCCCCGCAGGCACCGUUCAGGAGUCGGUCGCCCGGUACGUGAUCGCCUGCAUCGACGAGCAGCGGGGCAAUGACGCGUUGUUUAAAUUUCGCUUUCACAUGUGGUUCUACGGCUACGACAAGAACAAGCUGGUGACGGCGGUGUACACUGACGUGGCGGACAGUCUCGCCAAGUGGCACGCCGAGCGCAUCAAGGUCUACGUAUGCAGCAACUCCUGGAAGGAGGUCAGCAAGCGAUUCCUGGCGCAGACGGUGCACGGCAAUCUGACCACCUUCGUCGACGACUACUUUGACUCCAGUGAUGGGCCGCUGACGAAGAGUGAGACCUUCAACAAGAUUGCCGAGCGCAUUCAGAUCAAGCCUCCGGAGAUUGUCUUCCUCACAAAGAGCGGCGAUGAGGCUCGAGCUGCGCUUGCCGCCGGCUGGGUGGCCGUCCUGGUGCUCACCCACCAGAGGGAGAUCGACCGAAUGAAGGAAGAGGACAAGAAGCUGAUGAUGAUUCGUACCUUCACUGAUUUGCAGUUUGGUGAGAAUCCACCACCAGUCUCUGCUGCUGCUGCUGCUUCAGCCUCGUCACCGACAAACAAGGCAGAAAGUGGUGGCGCUGGUGCUAGUGGAUCAGCUAAAA